AUGCAGAUAAGCGGAGCGGUAGACCAGCUCCGGGUUUCUGGAUUUUGUCACGGAGUAAGGAACAAUCAGUUGGUAGAAAAGCUCCAUGAAGAUCUCCCAAAAACCAUAGAGGUACUCAUGGAACGAGCUCGAGCAUUCGUUCGGGGGAAGAGUGCCUGUGGCCAGCCGAAUGAAACAGCUGCAGGAAAUUCCAAAGCUCGAACUACAUCAUGGAGACGGAAUGCAUCGCCACCAAAAGAUAGAAACAACAAUUGGAACAGGAGUUGUGGCCCGUAUCAAAAGUCAGAACGAAACAAUUUCCGGACCGGAAACGUGCGUUUUAAUACCUUUUAUGAACUAACAAAAUCACCAAGCGAAAUCCUUAGUACGGAGACUACCCGGUUUCCUACGCCAUCAAAGCAGCGACCCACUUCGGAUAAGCACUCCAAAAAGUACUGCGAAUAUCACCGAGACAAGGGGCAUACAACUGACGAAUGUUGGGCAUUAAAACAGGAGAUCGAAAAGGCCGUGCGAUCCGGCAAACUCUCUCAUCUCGUAAAAGAGGUAAAAGACGGAAAGAAGCCCGCAACAGCAAAUGAUAACCCGAACACCGAGGCCGGAAUUAAUAUGAUUCGGUCUACUGAACCAAGAGGGGUAAAGCGGUCGAAUCAACACAUGGCAGCUUGGAUGCACCAGCCCACAUAUUUCCCUCCGAUUGAUCCAGAGGAUGCAAGAGACGGACCAAUUACGAUAUCAGCCGUAGUCGCAGGACACUUGGUCCGGCGAAUCUACGUAGAUGGAGGAAGUGCCUUUGAAAUAAUGUAUCUCCAGUGUUUCCAGCAGUUAAACCCCCAAACCAAGAAGAAGCUAAUCGAAGUAUCCACCCCUCUGAUAAGUUUUUCAGGGGAGGUAGUUCGUCCGAUAGGGCAGAUUACUCUUCCAACCACAUUUAAAGAUGGUGACAAGAGCAGAACCGUACAGCUAGCCUUUUUGGUUGUCCGAACCCACUCUUCACACAACAUAAUACUCGGGCGACAUGGAUUACGAGCUCUCGGAGCAAUCAGCUCUACGAUACACGGUGCCAUUAAAUUUCCCACCGAAGCAGGUGUCGCCACUAUACUUUCAGAGCAAAAUUCAUGCGUAGCCGAAGUAAGACACGCAGCAGAAACGAGCUCCAAAAAGGCCGAAGUACCCACAGAACUCGGGGCGAUCAACCCGGAUUAUCCCGAACAGCAGGUGGCUAUCGGCGCCCAGCUCCCAAAACGAAUAAAGAAACUCCUGUGGGAACUGCUGAGUAAUUCGAUUGAUGUCUUUGCGUGGAAGCACUCUGAUAUGCAAGGGGUUCCCCGCUCCAUGGCACAACACCACCUGAAUGUAAAGGAGUCGAUAAAGCCGAUAGCACAAAGGAAAAGGCACAUGGCACCGGAUCGAGCCAAGGCAAUUGCAAAGGACGUGAAGAGUCUCCUGGACGCCGGAAUCAUUUGA